AGACAGCGUGCCGCCUGUGUGCAUUGCAAAUUCAUUUGUGUGUGACUUUAUAGUGAUGCGCGUGUGUGACGUCCUGUGUGUGUGGCCCGAGUGCAAAGCACCGGCCGGCGUGUAUCGCCUGGGCGGUCCCGUGCUCAGUAGAUGAAAUGAUUCCUGAGCUUUCAUGCGCUGUCAAGUAAGUUUUCGAUUGCCUCGUUUUUCUAUCACCUCGCUGUAUGUGCGUGUGUGUGUGGCCGACCCCUACCUACCCAACUUGGCCGACAGGUGGGCAGAACGAUGAACUCUGAUGAAAUAGGCCACUCAUUUCCAUUCCUUGGUGUGUGCUUCACUCAGUCUUGGUCUCGAGUGGCGCGGCGAGGAGGCCAGCCUUGUGGCUUACCGACCAGACGGCGAGGCCAGGCACGACGAGCGUGUCUUCAGUGUGUCUGACAUCACCUCAUCCCGGCUCAUCCUGCGUGCCUUCGCCCAAGCGGCGCACCACCGCAACGCCACGGCUGGCGACGGUGCAACCAUGGUCGACGUGCGGCGGAUCAAGCUGCAGGCACAGCCGACGGACAAGCAUGCUGUCGACAAAGGCACGAGUGCUGGUACGGGGUCCAAGGGUCCGGCACAUCAUGACGGUGGCGGGGCGGAUGUGUGUGGUGUUGGGGGCGAUGACGACAUGGAUUGGGCUGAUGACGUGUUUUCGCGUGACGGACAGCCGAGGCGCAAGGCCGGCAAGGGCAAGACCGUCAGCCGCAAACCUGCCGAGCACCAGUCAGCCGUGCAGGGCGUCCACUGGUGUGAGCGGGAUCAGGCCUGGCAAGCGAAGUGGCGCAGCACGAGGGACGGCAAGCAGGAGUGGAAGCAGUUCUACGUCAGGGAACAUGGCUUCCACAAAGCAAAGGUACCGGCAUCGCAUUCCAGCACCCCACCUCCAUCUCACUCUCUAUUUCCUCUCACGUAUGGAUCAGGCGUUGGCCGAGCAGCAUCGUCUCGAGAUGGAGCGCAUUGGCCGGGCGGCGGUCAGGAGGAGAGCCAAGCAUCAGAGCGGCGUCAGGGGCGUCAGGGGCGCCAGCGGACCACCCCGGCGGCCCAGCUGACGUCGAUCGAAGCGGGUCGAAGGGGCUCAGCGCGAGAGAGGCUGACGUGUUCGCACACCAGCUCAUCGAGAGGGCAAGACGUGAGCAGCUGGAACUCCACACAUUCAACGGCCGAGGCGGGUGAGUGAGGAUCGCGAUCCACGUACACAAGCCCUCUGUUUACCUACCUUUUUCUCCUUGUGUGUCAUGCCAUCAUUCAGGCUGGGUAUCAACUGGCAUCCGCAAGGCCACGUGUUCAGGGUCAACAUCAAUCGGAAGUCAAAGGGCAAGGACGUGUGUGAGUACAUGACAUCGCUCACGGGCCGCCCCAUCCGCCGUGCCGACAUCGUCAACUCAUUUCGCCAGGGUGUUUUGCGCCGGAAUGAGGUCUUCACUGAGGCCCUCAGCAGCGAUGCUAUCUUGAUCGACAUCAGCUGGCUCGACGACGACAUGAGCGAUGCCGAUGGGCGCCAGGAUGGGUCAUCCGAUGAGAGCAUCCCCCUGGUGCGCAAGGGGCGAAGGAAGGGUCCAUUGGUUAAGCGGCAGAGUGACGACGCGGAGGAGAUCUCAGGCCCCCCGGAUAUCCAGAGAUCCCGGGCCCCCCUCCCUUCCAUUGGGGGCGGCAAGCGAGGGGCUGCUGAACACCGGUCAUCCUCAGACUCAGAGUGGCUGGGCUCUUCGUCACCAUCAUCCGGUGGAGAGCGACGUGACAGCGACUUCCAUGACGGCCGCGGCCCGUGCCCACCGUCUCGCCCCCGUCGCAAGCAAAUCGUUCACCGCCACAAGCAGCCACAUGGGGGGAAGGGUCUGACUGGGCUGGCGGAUGGGCAGCUGCGAAACGCGCAGAGCGGCGGCAUCGACGAGGUGGGGAGUGGUUCAGAUGAUUCGGCGCGGUGCUGGAAGUGCGGCAAGGGCGACAACGAGAAGCUUCUGCUAUUGUGUGACAACCGGGGCUGCUCUGCGGCCUACCACACCUACUGCGUCCAGCUGACAGCCGUCCCGGAGGGGCAGUGGUUCUGUCCCAAAUGCACGCACAACAGCGAUGCCCUGCUGUCUGCCCCUGCCCAGCCAACGGGCACUCGUCAGACGCGUCGCAUCAAAGGCCAAGGGGACCCGCCGCGUCGCCCCGCCCCCAAGCGCAAGACUGUCGACCGCAAGAGAGCGCGCGAUGAGGCCGACCUGGAUGGGCUCACUGGGACUGCCCUCGCCAAGGCCCUAGCGGACCGACUGAUACGACGCUUCAACGACGCCUGUCCGCCCGCCAAUGGAGGGUGAGCAACACACACGACAAGGGGCAGCGACAUAUCUUUGCAUCCUAUCUUUGGCUUCUCGUCAGAGUCGGCGUCUGUAUGACUUCACCGAGACGUUUCGCCGCGUACUUUGACAGCCAGGGCAAGUACCUGGGCUUCCGCAAGUUCGUCAUCGAUGGUCCCGACUCCCGCGGCAGCAUCAUCGAUGCGCUCCGCCAAUGUGUGGCGUACCGCAACACCAUCCACCGUGACCAACUCGGCGACCGUGCGACCAUUAUCGACCUCUCAUGGCUCGACCGGCAGCAGCAGGGGGGCGAGGAGGAGCUGGGCCUGUCGGUGCGUGAUCAAUCAUCCGACCGCAGCCCAUCUCGGAGCACCGCCGCCGAGAUGCGGCUCUCGCCAACAGCAGCCCAUCCGUAGCGGAGAGGCGGUCGAGGGCACUGAGGACCAGCAGCCCAUGACACACGCCCAGCGGAUGGCCCUCUGUCGUCUGUUUGGUCAAGUGGGUCACAACAUUGGGGCGAUGCUGGCGGCCGUCCCCUCUCUGAGCUUUGCGUCCAUCGACUCGUUUGUGCGUCAUGAGCUGCCGGCCAUGGUGGGGCAGCGCGACGGCGAGGACAUCAAGGAAGCCGCCAGUCGAUUCAUCAAACAGCUUCACCACCCCGGUCACCAGCACACCACACCAGCCCUGCCCAAGCCGCUCAAGGCGACAGAUGACGAGCAGCUGCCGAGUGGUGGCGAGCUGGCCGACAUCGACAUGACGAUGCGGCCGCCAUCCUAUCAGCGCGUCCAUGUCCCCAAGACACGCGAUUCGCCUCAACAUGGGAUGCAUGUGUGUGUGUGUGUGUGUGUUUGUGUGGGGGUGGGGUGGGGGGGUGGGGGGGUGACUGACUGGGUAGGUGUGGGAAUGAACGAUGGCAGAGAGAGGGAACGAGUACGCCACGCCCCACACACACUACUGCUGUGUGUGGUGGUGCUGGAUGGAUGGAUGGUAUACCUCUGCCUGACUGAUGGCUGACUCACUCGUAUGUCUGUCUGUCUGUCGGCGUCUGCUCAUGUCAGUGCCUGCCUUGCUGCCUCUGUCUGCCUCGAUCCUUCGUUCCCUCCUACUGUCUGGCCUCUUCCUCUCCUCCCUCUCACUCAGCGGCUGAGAGGACAGGACAGACAGCAGCAGAGGGGAGAUGGGCAAGUACUGUACAAGGUAAGGCACACACACGGUGGGCAGAUCGAAGUGCGAGGACGGUAGCUGGCGAGCCACUCGGCGAGCCCAAGCACAGACAGACAGACAGACAGACAGAGAUGUUGUGCUCGUGUGUGUACUGCCUGAUACGACUGCGUUGACAGGAUUGCGUGUGCAUGCCGUGCAUGGCGUCAAGAGUGUGCGUGCACGAUGAA